CGGGCGCCAACGUCGGCCGCUUUCGAGACGUUAAGGCCGACACUCGCGCGGCGCACUUCGGCCGGACGACAUCGGAUCCGCGAACGCGAGAACACUGACGUAUCCAUUUAAAACUGUUAUUACAAAUUGAUACUUUAUUUUCGUUUAUUAAAACAAACAUUUAUUUCUUUAUCAUUUAUCAUCUCCUUUUAUUUCCUUUUUCUUUUUUAACUUGUUCCUCUUCUAUUUCUUCUUCUUCUUCUUCUUCUUCUUCUUCUUUCUCUUUUCGAUAACUUGUGUAUUAUAAAGUGAGACGAUGUGUGAGUGAGACAGUUUAUUAAAAUAUUUUAUUCCAUAUCUCUUUUUCUUAUUGGUGUGUGAAAGAAGAGAGAAAAAGAAAGAAAAAGAGAGAGAGAGAGAGAGAAAGAGAGAGAAGAUAUCAUCAUCUUCAUCUUCUUCUUCUUCUUCUUCUUCUUCUUCUUCUUUUCCUCCUCCAUGCGCUUUUCGUUCAUGCUGAAAGCUUGCACGAGGUGGAAACUCAGCGAUCUUUGACGAGAGAGUUCAGUUGAAAGAAGAAGUUGCCUCGGAGAAGUAAUUAAUUGAGCGCAAAGGAGGAGGGUGGUGGUGUGGAGGUGGCGGUGGAGGAGGUGGCGGCUGUGGUUGGAGAAGGACGAGACUCAUAAAGGACGUCCUUCCACAUAGGAACCACGAAGAUAAGGAUGGGGUUUUACGUCAUCUUUAUAUGUCUUUUGGGAGUAGCAGUUAGUGACAACAGUACGAUCGAUGACGAUCAUUCAGCGAUCGAGGACGGAGUAUCAGAGAUCGCGAACGUCGCCAACAAUCUUGACAUAGAUAACGUCGAUCAGACAAUUACAUGGGGAGAAUGGUCGCCAUGGUCGAAAUGGACGCAGUGUUCCAAGAGUUGCGGUGGUGGAAUAUCGAAGCAACAACGACGAUGCAGAAGAAAACCAUGCAAGGGAAGACCUUGGAGUACAAAAUACAAAGUCUGCAAUCCUCAGCCAUGCGAAAAGCCAAGUGAUUUUCGUGCGGAACAAUGCGCGGCAUUCGAUGACGUACCGUACAGUGGACAAUUGUUAAAAUGGUAUCCGCAUUACGAUCCAGCACGGCCCUGUUCUUUGAUCUGUCGUGGGGAGCAAUCACUUGGGAAUAACGUCGGUCGAUUGCAACAGCAACAGCAACAGCAACAACAGCAGCAGCAACAGCAGCAACAUCAACAUCAGCACCAAUACCAACAACAACAGGAGCUAGGGUCAAACGAGAAGAUGACACUUACUAGCGAUGCCCAAGAUGCUCUACAAUUUGAUUCCGAUGAGACAAUAGUUGUCCAGUUAGCCGACAAAGUUGAGGAUGGCACGAGAUGUUAUCUCGAUGGCCGUGACGUCUGUAUUAACGGCGAAUGCAUGAAAGUGGGCUGCGAUUUGCGAGUCGGAAGUAGCAAGAACACGGAUGCGUGCGGAGUUUGUGGCGGAAAUGGAUCGAGCUGUCAAUCGAAAUACUCUUGGAACUUGGAACCGAUAUCCGCUUGCUCCAAGUCCUGCGGCGGAGGUUUUAAAAUAGCAAUGCCAGUUUGUAAAGCAGUAGGAACGGACGAUCGUGUUGUCAACGACAGCCAUUGCAAGAACGAUGAAAGACCUGAGAAGACUCUCGUGCCAUGCAACACGCAUCCCUGCACGACAAAAUGGAUAAACGGAGAAUGGAGCAAGUGCAGCGCAAGUUGCGGUGGCGGAUCGAGAACCAGAGCUGUCUUUUGUACCGAAGAAAAUGGCAACGAAACUACGAAGUUGCCAGAGCAUAAAUGCAGUGUCACGCACAAACCACGAGUACAGGAGACCUGUAACAUUAUCUCUUGUCCAAUGUGGGAGGCCGAUCAAUGGAGCGAGUGUUCAGCGUCCUGCGGUACCGGUGUAAGAAGAAGAAGCAUCGAGUGUAGAGAUGGAAACGGUCUGAUCUCGACUGGAUGCGAUCCCUUGGAACGACCGCGUGCCGAACAGGAAUGUAAAGCUAAUGUAGCAUGUAGCAUGUAUGGCGAGGAUCUAACGCAACCAUUGAUGCAACCUUAUCCACCACCACCGGUGCCGGAAAAAUUAAUCGAUCAACCUAUACCAUCGGAAUCGACAUUCAUAGCGGAGGAAUGGUCACCGUGCAACAGCGUUACCUGCGGAGAUGGGUAUACGCCGGUGAAGUUCCAUUGCAAGAUAUUUCUCGAGUUUAGCCGUACGAUCGCCAAGUUACCAGACAGACAAUGUUCCGGGUCCAAAAACCGGAGGGAGACGGAGAAGUUGCGGUCAUGGGGGAGCCCUUGCGGUUUGAUUGAGAAGAGUCUGUCGUAUGAAAAAAUCGACACGGUUGGGGAUAGCGAUAUGCCGAAGUCCAGUUGAAGGGAAAAAAAUUUUCCUACAAAUCCCGGUAGUGCCGGUGGUUACGAAAGUGGUAUCAAAGUGGCACCAGGAAGAACGUCCAAAACCACUUACUCAUGGAAGGAAGCUGGUUAUACGCCUUGUAGCGCUACAUGUUUAGGAGGCGUACAAGAAUUGAUAAUAUACUGCGUACGCGACGAUACUGGUAAAACCGUGACCCCGCUUCUCUGCAGCACCGAAACUAAACCAGAAGCAAGAAUCAGAACUUGCAACGAUCAUCCCUGUCCACCUAGGUGGAGAUAUAGCGAGUUCUUACCCUGCAUGAGCCCCUGCGGUAUUGGCAUUCAGACUCGCGAUGUCACAUGCAUACACGAGGUGACACGAGGAAUCGGUAAUACCGUGACGGUACCAAACCAUAUGUGCCCGCAGCCACCACCAGCAGACAGACAAUACUGUAACGUGUUGGAUUGUCCAGUCAAGUGGAGCGCUGGAGAAUGGGGAGAGUGUUCCAAAAGUUGCGGAGGCGGGGUAAAGAGACGUAACGUGACCUGCGAACAAAUAAUGGCACUGGGUCGCAAACAGAGAAGGGAAGAAAAUAAAUGCCCGCCGCAAAAGCCAUCCUCCGAAAAACCAUGUAACACCAAGCCGUGUCAUGAGAUGGACAUGAACGUGCAGCCAAUCAUUCUUAGUCAGAAUUCGUCGUACAAUCAAUCGGACUUGAAUGAGAAAGUCGAUUUAAAGAUUGGCGGUAUAGCUAGGGUUUUUCAAGGGACGCCUUUUAUCAAAAUUCGAUGUCCAGUUAAAAAAUUCGAUAAAACGCAAAUUAUAUGGACGAAGGAUGGUAAAGAAUUACGUAGAACGAGAAAAUAUAAAAUCAACAAAAAGGGAGCUCUAAAGAUUAUGGACAUAACUACGUCCGACGAUGGAGUUUACGCUUGCGUCGCAUCGCUUUCGCACGCGGAAACACGUAUUAUCGUGAAAUUACGCUCGAAAGAACAGAUAAGCAGCGAGGAAUAUCUUAGGCUUGGUAAUUCCGUGCAUCUUCAAAGAAAUGCCAAUCUUGAUUCGGCACCAGCCAAUUCCGGUGAGAACCUUUACACCGAUCGUGCAGCCGCCUAUGGUAAUCACUUUGCUCCUUUCGAUGGAGAAGACCUCAGCCACGAACGAGCGGUUCCAAGUAAACCAACGAGAAAACCACAACACAAAAGGCAAAGGACCAGUCCAACUCCACCGGAUUCUACUAUGAUGCACAAAGAGAAUACUGCCACCUCUUUUAAUCAGCCCGGAUAUCACGAAUCCGUAGAAUCAACGGCAACGUCCGGUGCAACUAAUCUGAUGCCUCACCUCAGUUAUUUAAUUUCGAGCAUAAAGGCCUAUUGGCCAUUUCAAAGUAAUACAGGUUCUAGCAGAAGUCAUAGAACGGCACCUGUUUCUUUCAUCGACGAUACCCACAAAGAAGUUUCUAUGGCAACGAAACGUACUAUGCCCGACAAAAAGACUGGCAUGAGAUAUCAUAAUGUCGAAGAAGACGACUUUGAGGAUCUAUUAUAUCGCAACACAGCCAUUCCCGAUGAUGUAUUUGGUCCAGACGAAGAAAGGAUAUUUAUUGACGUAGAUCCUUAUGAUCUAGAUGCAGCGAUAUUUGGUGUAAGGCAUGAAGAUAAUAAUAAACGAACGACCAAUGAUCUAUCAGAUAAAAAAGAUUUUACAACGGUCACAAAGGCGAACGUUGAUUAUGUCGAGGAAUCAUUGAAAAAUGUUAAAAAACAUCGGCAAGAUUCGCGGGAUCUUUCGAAAAAUCAUAAAAACGAUACUGUCAAUGAUUAUUCCGAGGAGACAAUAAAUUCCGCAGAAUCUUCGGAAAAUGUUGGAUUAGAGGUUUAUUAUAUUCAAGAUUCUACCUCGAAAAAUGUCGCUUCUUCGUUAGCGACGAACGAAAAAUCACUUUUCGACGAUAUUCCCAAUGAUAAUACAUCGGUACGUACAUUAAUCUCAUCGACUAAUCUCAAUGAUACCGAACUUUCAACGAAAAUCUUCAAUGUGGAAAACAAUGAGAAAUCCUUUACUGUCGAUAAAUCAAACACGAAUGACGAUUCGAUUUAUAUAGACGAAUUGGAAAAACGUAGAGCCAAUGAUCCCGACGAAGAUCAUAUUAUUUCGUCGUCGACGAAACUUUUAGAAAUUGAAGAAGGUGAAAGUUCAACGAUGAUGGACGAAACAACGUCAUCUAGCAGCGAACAAAUUGCAUUAGAAUCGACCGAACAAAUUACAAGAGAGUUGUUAUCUCAUAGACAUGAUCGAGCUUAUUCAAGAGAUAAUUCGAAGGAGACCUCGAUGGAUACGUUUACGACAUCUAGUAGUAUGGAAAAAACCGAAUCAAUAAUCGGCUCGAUUGCUGCUCUUGACAAUACAGAAGACUUAAUUUUUGAAUGGGUUACGACAAAUUGGUCCGACUGUUCGCAAACUUGCGGUGGUAGUGGUUUCCAGAUGCGUGGAGCACAAUGUACGAUGCGUCCAAUUAAAUCGGCAAAUUCGAGUCGUGUACCGUUAAGGACGAUAAUAGGUGCUAGUUUGUGCGAAGGUGCUGGACAUCCGAUGCCACAGAAAGUAAGACCAUGCGGAAUCGAAAGAUGUCCUCAAUGGCAUACGACCGAAUGGACAAUCUGUGAAUCGUCGAGAUGUUUCAAUUGGAAAACGGCAAUGCAAAGGCGUGAUAUUAGUUGUCGAUUGAUCGAGGAAUUAGAGGAUGGUCGUGAAAACGUCACUCAAUUAGAUCCGAAUAAAUGUGACGAAACAACUAGACCACUCCAAAGGCAAGAAUGUUAUAACGAUGCUUGUAAAGGUGUAUGGAGAGUAGGCGAAUGGUCUGAGUGUACGGCAUCUUGCGAAGAGGAUGGUAUAAAAUAUAGGAUAUUACAAUGCGUAUGGUAUGGCACAAAAAAGCCAGCUGGUAAUGCGUGCAGAGAUAUACCAAGACCACCGGUAAUGAAAACGUGCAGGGGUCCAACCUGUCCUCAAUCACCAGACGACUGCAAAGAUCACUCACCUAUAUGCAACAGAAUGAAAUUUAUGAAUAUAUGCAAAGUGCCGCUCUAUCAAAAGCAGUGCUGUGCGUCUUGUCGUUAGUUGGAACGAAAAGAAAAAAAAAAAGAAAAGAAAAAAAACAAUAAAAAGAAAAACAAAAACAGAACGAAAAAAUGAAGAAGAAAAAAAGAAGGAAAAAAUGUGCGAUCGUAUGUAAAGUGUAAAGGUGAACGAAAGAAAGAAAAGAAAAUAGCAGGCGAUCACGGUAUUUUAAAUAUCACGAAGAUGAAGAGGAUCGAUAGAUCGAGAAGCAUAUAAUCAUCUUAUAAAACGUGAUGAUCUUCGCCGUAAAUUUCGCGGUAAUAAUCGUCGAUCGCUAUCGUUAGGACAAAUUAUAAUGCCCGUUAGAGAAAGAUCACGAAAAGGACUUCGCAAUUAUAUCCGUGAUAGGAGAAACAAUUUUAAUUGAUAAAACGAUAUCGAAGCUCCUUUUCGUUGAUGUUGAUUCGAUAGUAUUACGAUGUAACAUUCACGAUUAAGUAUUCUGAAUGCAAGUAUCGACCAAGUUAUUUUAUUUUGUGAUUAUGUUUCUUAUCUCGUAGCAUAUUAAAAUACGUCAAAGGAAUAUAAACGCGCCGAGUCUCAUGAGUCCGUUAUGAGGAUAUUAUAUUAGUUUCGAGAGAGAGAGAGAGAGAGAGAGAGAGAGAGAGAGAGAGAGAG